UUGUUCUGCGAUUACAUUCCAGUUUUGAGCAAGCGUGAAAUAAUUGUCUACGUGUUUACAUAAACUGAGGAUAAUCGCUAGCCGAUGGAAUAAUUUUGUGGCAAUGCAAUGAAAGAAUGACGCUGAUGUAUGUCAGCAAAUUGCGAUCUUUACCACGCCAAUUUGUGGAUUGUACCAGAGUUGUCUCCUUGUCUUCAACAUAUCUGAAGACUGCCUAUGGAGGCCUAUCACACGCACAGGAAAUGCAAUUUUCUGGCGAGUCCAUCGUGAGAUCCGUUUUAGGAGUUAGACAUAAUCAGGCCAAGCUUAUCGUCAAGAAGUUCCCCCAAUUUAACUCUGCACACCCUCAACAAUUGUCCACGAUGGUGAAAUAUCUCGCCGACAAAGGUGUUCCUCUGAGCAGGAUUUUAAAGAAUCCCUGGUUGCUACUUAUUCCUCCUGACAUUUUGGAGAAGCGACUAAUCACUGUAAUUGGGAUUUUUCCUUCUCAAUCCGUCCAAGUUGCGUUACCAUUUAUUGGAUUGAAGGUCGAAAAAUUGUUAGCAAUCAGCUCCUUAUGGAAGUUGGAAGCAAAACAGGAACCAUCGCUUAUCCGAGGAAAUUUCUCUAGUCGCGUGGAAUACCUGGCUAAAAUUUUAAAGUUUGUAUCUAUGUACGUACAGUGUGGUGAAAUUGAAGUUGCCGACUUUAUGGUACGAGUGAAACGCCUGCCGAUGCUGCCAUUUAAAAAAAUUGAAACCGUUUUACAGUUGUUAUUAGAAGGAGGACUUAAUCACAUUGACAUUAUAGAAGAUCCUUGGAUAUUUAUUCACAACCUAAGUGUAAUGAAAGAAAGACUGGAAGAUGCAAAUUUUCACGGACUUGCUGAAAUAAAGCCGUGGAUGCUCAGAUGUUCCGAAUCCAAAUACAAAUCUUACGUUGAGCGAGCAAGAAAAGAACAAGCUAUAAAACACAAGAAAGAAAAUAUUGACAGUUUUCUUCAGCGACGAUUAAAUUGGAGUGCAGAUAUUGCAAAGGAUACACUGCGUAGAGUUCCAUCUAUUCUGAACUGUAAAGCAUCGAAACUAGAAAAUAUGAUAAGUUUCUUACUUAUAAAAGGAUUCAGUUCAGAGGACAUUGCGGCAUGUCCGAGAAUACUACGACAAAGUGUUGCAACUGUAAGCCUAAAGCUGGAAGAGUUGUCGGAAUUGACACAUGGUCGUGACUGCUCGAUCAAAUCGCUGCGUAUUUUGUGCGAAAGCAAUCAAAAAUAUGUCAAGUUCCUCAACUCGUUGAAAGCUAAGAGUAUGCCUCAAAUACCAUACUAUAAUAAAGCUAUGACAGACACGACGGAAUCGGCCCAAAAUGAUGCGCCAGCUCAUUAACUGAAAAAUAAAGACAAAUUAAUUAACAUUGUAAUUUUAGGAAAAAUAAAGUCUGACUAUUUUAGGAAAUCGAAACUA